AUGGCUCUCAGCAAUUCACGCACCGCAAUGCAGCUAUUAUUCAACGAUUCCUGGAUUGUGCGCAGAGGGCCUUUGUCGGAUGGGCACUCGCAGGAGUUGCUCAACCGCACACCAAGCGUAAGAAGCUACGAUUCAUGCCAGACGCCGUGCAAGGAAAGCGCCAAGAAUUCAAAGGCCGCCCAUCACACCCUGUUCCUCGUGCAGUUCUUGCAGCAACUGUCAUUUGCAGGAACCAUAGUUGAUUCAUACCAAAUCGGCAAGUUCUUUGAGGUAUCCCCUGCAUUUUCCGGCCUUUUGGUCGGCUUGUUCAUGACAGGCGGGGCUGUGGGAACGUCUUUCAUGACCUUGAUCCUGCAGGCAAGGCCCAGCGCAUGGAAGAGCUUUCGCAGCAUCGUGCUUGGCUGCCAGCUCAUGGACACUUCUGGAGUUUUCCUCUACACCCUGCUCAUGAUUCUGGCAGUGAACGAGCAGACGGGCCCAUCAUGGAUCUAUUGCCUCGCGAUGGUGCGCUUUGCUUGGGGCCUUGGGAGUGGUGUGACGGGACAACUGGCUGCAGUGACCAUCACGAAGGUGACUCCGCCGCAUCAGAUACCUGAAGAGAUGCAAAGCUUGCAGUUUUGGCAAACCCUUGGCUUGGGAAUGGGGCCCUUCAUCGCAGGGCUUAUGAUCUUUGCCCAUGGUGCUCUCGGGGCCUCGCAUGCCUCGCCGUACAAAUUGUGCGCAGCUCCAGCUGCCCUUGCCAGCCUUCAGGUCUUGUCCCUGCUCACUCUUUGGCAGCUGUGUCCCAGUUCUGUGGAAGAGUGGCCUGGGCCUUCUUCUUCUGACGGGACAGGAGUCUCCAAAACAUGCCCUCAAAAGCACUCAGGAAGAAUCCAGAUGCUCUUCCUGAGCUCCUGCUUCCUCCUUUGCAGCCUCCGGGGCUAUGCGGUGGCUGGCGCAGAAGUCGGUACCGCCAUGCUGCUGGAAGAGUCCUACGAAUGGAAUCGGCAUUCCAUUGGCUUCUUGGUGAGCGGGGCUUUCUUGGCAAGCAUACCUCUCCGAUCGGCAUACCUGCGCAACAAAAGUUUAUUCAGCACAAUUUCAUGGAUACGCAUCCUGGCCUUGAUUGCUAUGGCUGGCACUCUGCUUCUAUUCUCUGAGGUGGCCGAAGUGAUGCCACAUGGGGUCGCUCUUGUUCUCGCUGAUGCCAUCAUGUUCCCUGCCUUGUACUUGGGAGAGGGGUUGACCCGGGGCUUGAUGUUGCAGUUCGCCAAAGACAGUACCGUGCUUUCAGCCAACCAAGCGUCGUUCCUGGCCAUCGUCCUGAACAACUGCGCUCGAACAGUGGCACCCUGGCUCUCGAGAAAGCAUAUCUCCACCGGUGCGCCUUCCCAAGGGCAAGAUCUGUUUGCCACUGGGCAGCUACUUUGCUGCGGCUUGUUCCUUGCCAUCUUCGAAUUCGGGAUCCAGCAAGUGUCGGAGGCGGGGGCAGCAGCACCAGCACCAGUCAUUGUCAUCGGCUUGCCAAGCUUGAACGAAGCUCACAACAUUGAGGCCGUGACCAAGGCGGUUGAUGCAGGCUGCCAUCAACACUUCCCAAACCACCGUUGCAUACUGGUCAAUGCAGACUGCCAAAGCUCUGACGGCACGCCCGACAUCUUUGCCCGGACCCCGACGCAUUGCCAGAAAGUUCUGCUGAGGACUGCUUUGCCAGCACAGGGAAAAGGUGCGGCGCUCAGGCUGGUGUUCGAAUACAUGCUUCAGGUGGAUGAAUGCACGCAUGGGCUGACCCUCGACACCGAUGUGACGAGCAUCACGCCAGACUGGAUCAAGAGCUUCAGUCUCGGUCUUGCAUCGGCUUCGUCCUACGACUUUGUUGCACCUCGCUAUGCACGGCACCGCCUCGAUGGCUUCAUCACGAACCUCCUGGUCUACCCUUCCCUUUGUGCGGUCUUUGGCCGUGACGUGCGCCAGGGAAUCGGAGGUGACUUUGGCUUUAGUCGCCGUGCUGCCGAGGCAUUCUUGGCAGAAGAGUGGUCUCCAAGCAUUGAGAAAUAUGGCAUCGACAUCUUCAUGACCAGCACCGUGCUGAAGAAGGGCUUCUCCAUCGGAGAGGUGGAGCUGCCGGCGAAAGUCCACAGCCCAAGCCUGCCGAAGCUCAAAAGGAUGGUCAUGGAGGUUCUCGAGGUUCUCCUAGCUCAGCUCCAGGGAGAGACCUUCUCAAGAGAAAGCCUCCAGGCACCGCCUCGCAUCUGCCUGGCUCAGCUCCAGGAGCACAAGAUCCCCGAGCUCCAGGUGGAUCCUGCUGUGCUGCUGAAUCUGGCGGAGCAAUGCUUCCAGGAGAACGAAGCGUGCAUCAUGGCGACCCUGGACCACUGGCCAUCCCUCAGCGCCGCCCUAGCCAAGAGGACAGUUGACAGCACGACCUGGGCGCGCUUGCUGCAUUCUGCCCUCACGACGAAGGCUGUGGGGGCCAGGGGCUCCUUGGAGACGCUGCGCUGCUUCUUCUUCCUACGCGCAGCCUCACACUGCAGGGAGGCGCAGCACCUCUCCAAUCCACAGGCCGAGGAGCUGGUGAAGUCACAGAGGGAUCAGCUGGGCCGCCUGUGCCGUCCGAACUCCUGA